UCUCCAACAGGGAACUCUCGGAGCUGAUCGAGCAGCUGCAGAAGAAUGCUGACCAGGUGGAGAGGAACAUUGUGGACACGGAGGCCAAGAUGCAGAGCGACCUGGUCCGGCUGCAGGAGGGCCAGCAGCCCGAGCACCGGGAUGUGGCCCUGCAGAAGGUGUCGGAUUCAGAGAAGCUGCUGUACGUGCUGGAGGCAGACGCGGCCAUCGCCAAGCACAUGCGGCAUCCCCAGGGGGACAUGAUCGCUGAGGACAUCCGUCAGCUGAAGGAGCGUGUGACCAACCUGCGCGGGAAGCAUAAGCAGAUCUACAACCUGGCUGCGAAAGAGGUCGACCCACAGAUCAACUGGGCGGUACUGGUGGAUGAGAAGCUGGACAAGCUGAGCAGCCAGAGCUUUGGGACAGACCUGCCUCUGGUAGACCACCAGGUAGAGGAGCACAACAUCUUCCACAACGAGGUCAAGGCCAUCGGACUCCACCUGGCCAAGGACGGCGAGAAGGAGCAGAACAGCGAACUCCAGGCCAAGUACCAGAAACUGCUGGCAGCAUCCCAGGCACGGCAGCAGCACCUGAGCUCCCUGCAAGACUAUAUGCAGCGCUGCACCAACGAACUGUACUGGCUGGACCAGCAGGCCCGCGGCCGCAUGCAGUACGACUGGAGCGACCGCAACCUCGACUACCCUAGCCGCCGGCGCCAGUAUGAGAAUUUCAUUAAUCGGAACCUGGAGGCCAAGGAGGCGAGGAUCAAUAAGCUGCACAGCGAGGGUGACCAGCUGCUCGCAGCUGAGCACCCCGGGAAGAACUCCAUUGAGGCGCACAUGGAGGCUGUGCACGCGGACUGGAAGGAGUACCUCAACUUGCUCAUCUGUGAAGAAAGCCACUUGAAGUACAUGGAAGACUUCCACCAGUUCCACAAAGACAUGAAGGACGCCCAGGAGCUGCUGCGCAAAGUGGACUCGGACCUGAACCAGAAAUACAGCCCGGACUUCAAGGACCGUUACCAGAUAGAGCUGCUGCUGCGGGAGUUGGAUGACCAGGAAAAGGCCCUGGACAAGUACGAGGACGUGGUGCGGGGACUGCAGAGGCGAGGGCAGCAGGUGGUGCCGCUCCGGUACCGCCGGGAGACGCCGCUCAAGCCCAUCCCCGUGGAGGCGCUCUGUGACUUCGAGGGGGACCAGGGCCUGAUCUCACGGGGCUACAGCUACACGCUGCACAAGAACAACGGGGAGAGCUGGGAGCUGGUGGACAGCGCCGGGAACAAGCUGACUGCCCCGGCUGUGUGCUUCAUGAUCCCCCCCACUGACCCUGAGGCCCUGGCUCUGGCAGACAGCCUGGGCAACCAGUACCGGGGUGUACGGCAGAAGGCAGCUGGGAGCAAGUGCUCACUCCAGCAGCGGCACGAGGUGCUGAAGACGGAGAACCCCGGAGAUGCCUCUGACCUACAGGGGCGGCAGCUGCUGGCUGGCUUGGACAAGGUGGCCAGUGACCUGGACCGGCAAGAGAAGGCCAUCACAGGCAUUCUGCGGCCCCCACUGGAGCAGGCCCGGGCCGUGCAGGACUGCGCCGAGCGAGCCAGGGACCUCAAGAACAUCACCAACGAGCUGCUGCGGAUCGAGCCCGAGAAGACGCAGAGUGUGGGCGAGUGCGAGGCCUUCAUCCAGGCGCUCCCGGGCAGUGGCACAGCGCCCCUGCUGAGGACCCGGGUGGAGGACACUAGCCGGAAAUAUGAGCGCCUGGCACAGCUGCUGGAUGCCGCCCAGGAGAAGGUCAACAUGGCCAACCACCUGGAGAAGAGCCUGCAGCAGGGCCGGGAGCUGCUGGCCACGCACGAGAACCGGCUAACCCAGGACGACUCGGUGCCCGAGAGCGGCCGUGACCUGGACCGCAAGAGGCAGGAGCUGGCAGCCAUGGCCUCUGAGCUGCAGGCCCAGAAGGCCCUCCUGGACGAAGUGCAGCAGAACCUGCAGGUGGCCAGGCACUGCUCGAGCACACUGGCCAGCCGCUUCCAGGAGCAUUGCCCUGACCUGGAGCGCCAGGAGGCUGAGGUGCACAAGCUGGGCCAGCGCUUCGAGCACCUGUGCCAGCAGGUGGAGCACAGGGCCCAGAACCUGCAGAGUGCCAAGGCUGCCUAUGAUGACUACCGUGGUGGCUAUGACCGCAUGCUGCAAUUCCUGUCCGGUGUUCCCAGUUACGAGCCCCUGGAGACAGACAGCCUUAACCAGAUGGAGACCAAGCUGAAGAACCAGCGGAACCUGCUGGAUGAGAUAACCAGCAGGGAACAGGAAGUACAGAAGAUCUACACCAGUGCCCAGCAGUACCAACAGGCUGUGAAGGACUAUGAGUUGGAAGCAGAGAAACUAAGGUCCCUUCUUGACUUGGAGAACGGCAGGAGCAACCACGCGCACAAGAGAGCCAGGCUCCAGUCUCCUGCCGCCAAAGUGAAGGAAGAGGAAGCAGUCCUUGCCGCUAAGUUCACUGAGGUUAACGCCAUCAACAGACAGAGGCUGCAGAAUCUGGAGUUUGCUCUGAAUCUCCUGAGACAGCAGCCAGACGUAGGUGUGACCCAUGAGACCCUGCGAGGGUGCACACCGGGCUCCAGAGGGGAGGAGGCCUGGAAGAUCAGGAAGGAACUGGACGAGGAGAAAGAGCGGAGGCAGCAGCUGGAAGGUGAGGUGGCAAGCACCCAGGAGGAGAUCCGGACCUUGCGGGGCCAGAGGCCUCAGGAGUCAGUGGUGAGGAAGGAGGUGCUGAAGAAGGUCCCGGACCCUGCACUGGAGGAGAGCUUCCAGCAGCUGCAGCAGGCCCUGGCAGAGGAGCAGCACAAGAACCAGCUGCUGCAGGAGGAGCUGGAGGCAUUGCAGCUGCGGCUGCGCACCCUGGAGCAAGAGGCCAGGAGCGGGGGGCAGGAGUACGUGGUCAAGGAGGUCCUGCGCAUCGAGCCUGACCGAGCCCGGGAGGACGAGGUCCUGCAGCUGCGGGAGGAGCUGGAGGUGCUGCGGCGGCAGAAGGGGGCCCGGGAGGCAGAGGUGCUCCUCCUGCAGCAGCGCGUGGCCACGCUGGCUGCAGAGAAGGGCCGCCUGCGGGAGAAGGUCACCGAGAAGGAGGUGGUGAAGUUGCAGAACGACCCCCAGCUGGAGGCAGAGCACCGGCAGCUGCAGGAUGCGUGCCAGCGCCAGGGCCAGCUCCGGGAGAAGCAGGAAGAGGAGCUGAGCUUCCUCCAGGAUAAGCUCAGGAGGCUGGAGAAGGAGCGGGCCCGGGCCGAGGGCAAAAUCACCGUCAAGGAGGUGCUCAAGGUGGAGAAGGACGUGGCAGCUGAGAGGGAGGUCGGCGACCUCGCUCGCCAGUACAAGGACGAGGCCGCCAAGGUUCGUGCCAGCCAGAGGGAGAAGACUGAGCUGCUCCGGAAGAUAUGGGCCCUGGAGGAGGAGAAUGCCAAGGUGGUGGUACAGGAGAAGGUGCGGGAGAUCGUGCGGCCCGACCCCACGGCAGAGGGCGAGGUGGCCAACCUCCGCCUGGAGCUCGUGGAGCAGGAGCGCAAGUACCGGGCCGCCGAGGAGCAGCUCAAGAGCUACCAGAGUGAGCUGGAGGCCCUGCGCCGGCGGGGCCCUCAGGUGGAGGUCAAGGAGGUGACCAAGGAGGUCAUCAAGUAUAAGACCGACCCUGAGAUGGAGAAGGAGCUGCAGCGGCUCCGGGAGGAGAUCGUGGACAAGACCCGGCUGAUUGAGAGGUGUGACCUGGAGAUCUACCAGUUGAAGCAGGAAAUCCAGGCCCUGAAGGACAGCAAGCCCCAGGUCCAGACCAAAGAGGUGGUGCAGGAGAUCCUCCAGUUCCGGGAAGACCCCCAAACCAAAGAGGAGGUGGAGGCCCUGAGGGCGAAGCUGUUGGAGGAGCAGAAGAGGCAGGUGGACCUGGAGCGCGAGCGGGCUUCCCAGGUGGAGCGGAUCGCGCACAAGGAGGAGGAGCUCUCACAGGUGAAGGAGCGUGUGGUGCAACAGGAGGUGGUCCAGUACGAGGAGGAGCCGGGCCUACGGGCCGAGGUGAGCACCUUCACAGAGAGCAUUGACGCGGAGCUGCGGCAGAUAGAUAAACUGCGUGUGGAGCUGCGGCGGCUGCAGCGCCGGCGCACUGAGCUGGAACGGCAGCUAGAGGAGCUGGAGCGUGAGCGGCAUGCACGCCGGGAGGCCGAGCGCGAGGUGCAGCGGCUGCAGCAGCGGCUGGCUGCGCUGGAGCAGGAGGAAGCAGAGGCGCACGAGAAGGUGACCCGCAAGCAGAAGGUGGUCCUGCAGCAGGACCCUCAGCAGGCCCGGGAGCAUGCCUUGCUCAGGCUCCAGCUGGAAGAGGAGCAGCACCGGCGGCAGCUCUUGGAGGGCGAGCUCGAGACCAUGAGGCGGAAGUUGGCUGCCCUGGAAAAGGCGGAGGUCAAGGAGAAGGUGGUCUUCUCUGAGAGCGUCCAGGUGGAGAAGGGUGACACGGAGCAGGAGAUCCAGAAGCUCAAGAGUAGCCUGGAGAUGGAGCGCCGGAGCAAGAGAGAGCUGGAUGCUGAGGUGAACCGGCUGGAGGCCAGGCUGUCCGAGCUGGAGUUCCACAACUCCAAGUCAUCCAAGGAACUGGACUUCCUAAGGGAAGAAAACCACAAGCUGCAGCUGGAGCGGCAGAACCUGCAGUUGGAGACCCGAAGGCUCCAGUCAGAAAUUGAGCUGGCAGUGACGGAAUCGCGAGACCUGCAGAGCAUGGCCACAGUGGACUCUGGGCCUAACCUGGACUCCAGACUGUGGUCUCUGGAGAGAGAACUGGAUGACCUCAAGAGGCUCUCCAAGGACAAAGACCUCGAGAUUGAUGAGCUGCAGAAACGCCUGGGCUCUGUUGGUGUCAAGAGGGAACAGAGGGAGAACCACCUGCGGCGCUCCAUUGUCGUCAUUGACCCUGACACGGGCCGUGAGCUGUCCCCGGAGGAAGCCCACCGCACUGGGCUCAUCGACUGGAACAUGUUUGUAAAACUCAGAAGCCAGGAGUGUGACUGGGAGGAGAUCUCAGUAAAGGGUCCCAACGGGGAGUCCUCAGUGAUCCACGACAGGAAGUCUGGCAAGAAGUUCUCCAUUGAAGAGGCCCUGCAGAGCGGCAGGCUGACCCCUGCCCAGUAUGACCGCUACGUCAACAAGGACAUGUCCAUCCAGGAGCUGGCGGUUUUGGUGUCUGGACAGAAGUAGCUACAGCCCUUCUACCACCUCUUAGGCAGACGGCUGGCCCUUUCCUACAGUGACCUCCUGAGUGUCAUCUUCUCCCUGGCCCUUGUGCAGGCCCAACACUUUAUCCACACCCUGCUGCCAGGUUCUUCAGAGCACAACCCACGGAUGUAGGCUGGAGACAGGCAGCUCUCGUCCCAGCCAUCGGUCAUGCCAGGUGAAUGACCUGCUUUGUCCUGAGAUGAUCUGACAGCCACAGCACCCUUCUUUUUUUCUCCCUUUUCCUAUACACU